AUGAGGAAGGACUAUUCGUUCUCCCAGAUCACAAGAAAAGAACAUCAAACAAACAGGUUUCUUGCCUUUUUUCUCUCACGAUUAAUAAUAAUGGGAGAAGAUCGAACUCCGUUUGAUUUAUGCGGUAACAAAACGAUCGUCGGUGGCGCCUUUAUUGCGUAA